GUUCAAUAUCAUUCUAGUUUAUACUUUAACAUUCAUUCUAAACCUUAUACCAUUUCUAUGGACUCAAAAAUUAAGCUGUCUAAAAACAAUGGAACUGUUUUAGAAAACCCUAAAACAUAUAGAACUCUGAUUGGCAAGUUGCUUUAUUUAACUGUAUCCAGGCUAGAUAUUGCUUAUAGUAUACAAAUUCUUAGUCAAUUUCUUGCAUCUCAUACUGAUGUUCAUUUGAGUGCAGCUCAUAGAGUCCUAAGAUACCUUAAGAAUUCUCCAGGUACACUAGGAGGAGUGUUUCAGGUUAUGCCUUUUAUCUAGAUAUUUAUACAAAACCGCUUGGAAAUCCUCUAUUCAGUCAAUUUGCAGUCAAUACAUGGACAUCCAUUCUACUCUUGAGGGGGCGUAUCAAGAAUAAUACACUGGGCUGUAACUUGGGCUGAUCUUUUUUUGGGGCCUAUCUAAUGUUUAUUGGGCCUAUAGUUAUUCUCUUAUCAUUUUACAUAGAAAGGUAUAAAUACCUCAUAGUCAAUUAACAUAUUGACUAGGAGACUAUGGACUCACUUCCGGGAAAGAAUCUUAUUUUACUGUUUGGAUUAAUUUUCCAAACAGUCUCACUUCCACAUUCUUCUUCUUCGACAAUUUCAUCAUCACAAUUUCAAUAAGAUUUCUUGAGAUAAAAUUUCACAAGAGGUCUAUAAUUUAUUUUCAAAUGAAUUAAUGUUUGUGAUAUUGCACUAUUAGCGUAGGGACUACGCUAUAACAUUAUUGGGGUUUGAUGAUGUCGACGCUUGGAGCAUAUUCCAUAAAAAAUACUACGUAGUACUUUUUCAUGUGA